GCUGGGGGAAUCGUUCGUAACCCCAGUCCCCCUCCUCCUUUCUCCCCACCCACUUUCCAUCUCCCCCAACCAGAGAGGGCGCUGGUCCGUUGGGGAGGGGCCAGCUCCAGGAUCGCUAGUUCCCUGGAAAUGUGACGAGGGGUCUGUGGCUGCCCUUUCAAACCAGGGGGGUUCAUUCCUCCCGGAGUGACGUUGUAACUGGUCUGGUCUUGGCCACUCUGCCGAACUGGCAUUUGCUAUGGAGCCAAGUGAUGACGUCGCAGUCCCUGGGCAGCCUAUAGUGCUGGGCUGCAGGGUGGAGGGGACCCCUCCAGUGAGAAUCACCUGGAGAAAAAAUGGGGUAGAGUUGCUGGAGAGUACCCACUCCACCUUGCUGGCCAAUGGGUCCCUGAUGAUCCAUCACUUCCAGCUGGAUCAGGGAGGCAGCCCCUCGGAUGAGGGUGACUAUGAGUGUGUGGCUCAGAACCGCUUUGGGCUGGUGGUCAGCCGGAAGGCUCGAAUCCAGGCUGCAACCAUGUCGGACUUCCACGUGCAUCCCCAGGCCGCCGUGGGAGAGGAGGGCGGUGUGGCCCGCUUCCAGUGCCAAAUCCAUGGGCUUCCCAAACCCCUGAUCACGUGGGAGAAGAACAGAGUCCCCAUUGACACGGACGAUGAGCGGUAUACAUUGCUGCCCAAGGGGGUCUUGCAGAUCACAGGACUUCGGGCUGAGGACAGUGGUGUCUUCCACUGUGUGGCCUCGAAUAUUGCCAGUGUCCGGGUCAGCCACGGGGCCAGGCUCACCGUGUCAGGCUCGGGCUCUGGGGCCUACAAGGAGCCAGUGAUUCUCGUGGGGCCUGAGAACCUCACCCUGACGGUGCACCAGACCGCAGUGCUUGAGUGUGUCGCCACGGGCAACCCGCGCCCCAUUGUGUCCUGGAGCCGCCUGGAUGGCCGCCCCAUUGGGGUGGAGGGCAUCCAGGUGCUGGGCACUGGAAAUCUUAUCAUCUCAGACGUGACGGUCCAGCACUCCGGCGUCUAUGUCUGCGCGGCCAACAGGCCAGGCACCCGGGUGAGGAGAACAGCGCAGGGCCGGCUGGUGGUGCAAGCCCCAGCCGAGUUUGUCCAGCACCCCCAGUCCAUCUCCAGGCCAGCUGGGACCACAGCCAUGUUCACCUGCCAAGCCCAGGGGGAGCCGCCCCCACACGUCACAUGGUUGAAGAAUGGACAGGUGCUGGGGCCAGGAGGCCACGUCAGGCUCAAGAACAACAACAGCACCCUGACAAUUUCUGGGAUCGGUCCUGAAGACGAGGCCAUCUACCAGUGCGUGGCCGAGAACAGUGCUGGAUCCUCCCAGGCCAGUGCCAGGCUGACCGUGCUAUGGGCUGAGGGUCUUCCUGGCCCCCCCCUCAAUGUGCAGGCAGUCUCCGUGUCAUCCACUGAGGUCCGUGUGUCCUGGAAUGAACCCCUGGUCAACACCAAGGAGAUUAUUGGCUAUGUCCUGCACAUCAGGAAGGCUGCUGACCCUCCGGAGCUGGAGUACCAGGAGGCAGUCAGCAAGAGCACCUUUCAGCACCUGGUGAGCGACCUCGAACCCUCCACUGCCUACAGCUUCUACAUCAAGGCCUACACGCCGAGGGGGGCCAGCUCAGCCUCUGCCCCUGUGCUGGCCAGCACCCUGGGCGAAGCCCCUGCCCCGCCCCCGCUGUCGGUGCGGGUCCUGGGCAGCUCGUCCCUGCAGCUGCGGUGGGGACCCUGGCCCCGGCUGGCCCAGCACGAGGGCGGCUUCAAGCUGUUCUACCGCCCAGGGAGCAGGGCCUCCUUCACCGGCCCCAUCGUGCUGCCUGCAACGGUCUCCUCCUACAACCUCAGCCAGCUCGACCCCAGCGCAGUGUAUGAGGUGAAGCUGCUCGCCUACAACCAGCACGGGGAGGGCAAUGCCACGGUCCGCUUCGUGUCUUUGAGGGGAGCAUCUGAGAGGACAGCCCUGAGCCCACCGUGUGACUGCCGGAAGGAGGAGCCCACCAACCAGACGCCCACCACAGGCCUCGUCAUUGGCAUCCACAUCGGGGUCACCUGCAUCAUCUUCUGCGUCCUCUUCCUCCUGUUCGGCCAAAGGGGCAGGGUCCUCUUGUGUAAGGAUGUAGAAAACCAGCUCUCCCCUCCUCAGGGCCCCCGGAGCCCAAGGGAUCCUAGCAUCCUGGCCCUGAAUGGGGCGGGCCGGGGAGAGCGGGGCCAGCUGGGCCGAGAUAAGAAGCCUGUGGACAUGAAAGAACUGGAACAGCUGUUCCCCCCAGCUGGGGCAGCGGGGCGGCCUGACCCCAGACCUGACCCCAGACCCAUGCAGGAUCUGGGAGACCCUCACCCUGCCCUGAGUGAGGAGACCCAGUUCUCCAUGCUGCCACUCGAGGGAUUCAGCCUUCUGGAAGAGAUGAUGUCAGAAGCCAAGGGCCCCAGCGCAGGCCCUGCAGCCGCCCUGCCACCCCAGGACGGAGGCCCCGGCCUCCUCAGCGAAGGACAGGCUACCCAGACUCCCACUGCACCAGCUGCCCAGCCAGCUCGCUCGGGACAGUAGCCAGUGUCUGGCAGGUCCUGGAGGGGGCACCACCCCCUUCUCAGGUCAAAGGCAAGAUUUCUCCUGUCAUGUGGGACUCAGAUGGGGGCUUCCCAGCAUUUCUGUCCUGACUGACCCUCAGAUGGUCAAGACCUAAAGUAGCCUCAGCAGGGACCCCCCGCCCCGCCCCCCCGCCCCAGGACCUGGCGGGGUUUCUGCAGGAGCCUCUCCCUUGGACUAAUGUCCCCCCUCACCUCUGUCUGGUAUCCACAUGACUUGGAAUGGAACUAAUGUUUUCCUUUAAAAAAAGAAAAAGAGAAGAGAGAGGAAGGUGAAUUAGACUCCAAAAAUACGCCCCUGCUGUGGCUGGGCCCCUGACACUGUCACCCUCCACUGACCUUGUUUUCUCAGGAUGGAUUUUUGCUAUUUGGCUCUCAGUACCUACCUCAGCCGGAAUGAAUGUUCUUGGGGGAGUUGGGCCGUGGCCUCAGCCCCCCCCACCCCACAGAGCCCCAAAUGCACUCCUACCUCAAGCCCCUGUAGGGGCAACCCCCUCUCCCUCCCCAUAUGGUUGUCCAGAGUUUAAAAAAAAAAAAAAAAAAAAAAAGGAAAAAAAAAACACUUCCCCAUUUCCAGGUGUGAAAGAAACAUCUACCUCAAGGCUCGCUGGCUAUCCGGGCCUGUGUUGUAUCACUGGACCCUCUUCCUGCCCGCAGCCCUUCGAUCCCGCCCCUAGAGAGGAGGCCAGAGGCUAAGUCACCAACGGUGGGCCUCUCAGGACCGACAGAAACAAAGAUGGAAUUAGUCAAAGAAAAUGUGAAAAAAAAAAAAGCCAAAAAUGAGAGGAAAAUGUGUUCCUUGAAGUACACAUCGCUCCAAACCAGCCACCUUCCAGCACACUGCCGCUGCUCCACCCUGUCUCGUCUGCCCACUCCAGUUUCAACCCUCUCCGCCAACUGAUCCUUAACUGGGAUCCCGACAACCCGCUCCCUGCCCGGGCCUUGCCGGGGUGGGGUUGGGGAGGGUCACCCUGAAGCCUGCCUCCGAUCCUGCCCAGACCCAGAGCCCCUGGAGCGGGCUGGCCCCUGGAACAUACUGUGCGCGUGACCGCUGUGUGCGUGUGUUGGGUCGGGAGGGUCCCUGGCAGACAUGGCCCAGCCCUCUAGCCCAUGGGACACAGCCGGCCUGACCCAACCCCUGGACAGUGGGACGACCACUGUCAGCAGAUGCGGCUGGAAGAUAUUUUUAUACAAGGUGUGUUUAAAGAUUUAUGUUCUUGUGACUUCUUGUUUUUCUUUUCUGUCAUGGUGUUUUUUGAAAUACGUAAAGUAGGAAGAAAAAAAAAAACCCAAGAAAACAAAGACCUAUUUUUGGUUAACUCAUUUUUUUAAAUAGAAGGAAAACUUUUUUUUAAAGGAAAAAAAAAAGUGUAUUCCUUAAGUAUGAGAUUAGACCAUAAAGUCCCUGACCCCCAACCCCCUAGGGAACCCCCCCCAAGUUUAGUUAAUUAGAUGAAGAAGAUAGAAUUUGUGGUGUUUUCCUAGAAGACUGGAGUCGUGUCCAUGUGGACUCGGGAAAGGGCAGUCUGCCCCUUCUCCCAAAUGCUGGGCCUGUGCCAAAGGUCCUCAAAACUCCCACACAGUGCCCCCUCUGUCCCUGCAUUGGCCUCUCGGCAGCCCCCUCAUCCCGGAAACCCCUCUCCCACGGGAAGAGUGGUCUGGGGUAGGAGCCGGGUGAGGAGCCACCUGGCCUGACUUGACCUGACUUUUGUCACACUGUACUCAUUUUGACUGAAUAAAAGUCCUGUUGCCAAAGUGAACCUUGAGUUUUUUGGUGGCUGUGUCCGUCAGGUCCUGGGCAGGGGUGGCAGUGCCGGGAUUAGGGGGGCCACUGGUGGGCCCGGCUGACCCUCACAGGGUCAGAGUCCAGAAUAACGGCAGCCCCCGUGUACCGCUUACAGGCACCUUGU